GUCUGGCGGCAUGGGCCUCUGCAUGGGACUGGGCCAGCCGCCAGAGAGAGUUUCUCAGGCCCUGGCCACUUGGUCCUUACCUUUCACUCUCUUGUACAUUUACUUUCACAAAAGCAAUGUAGCAUGCGAGCUCGCCAACCUCGUUGCCUAGCCAGCCUCUGGUGCAUCUUCACGUUAGAGGCACCCUACUAUGAGCAGCUGCACCAUCCAGCUAUCAGCUUUAUCGUCAGCUUCAAUGUUGCGGCCCCCACGCACGCGGCUCUGCUGCUAUCAGUGUUCACCAGCUGAUAUUGGAGCCGCCAACGCGAGAUUUGAGGUCAUGUUCCUCGCUGCCCACUGUACAGGUAGCUUUUGGUUGCGUCAAUGUGGAAAUGGGAGCUGGAGGAAAUGCCUAGGGCCAGGCGGCAACGCCAAGGAGUGCAAUGAGAUUUCUUGCCCCUUCAUCAGUCCAAGGUGCUCAACAUGCGCUUAAUGGGCGCCAGACCCACAGCAGUCUUGCAAACUGGCUGUGGCAGAACCCCGCCAGCAUGAAAAUGCGGCGGCAGAACUCCGUGAGCACUACGUGUGCUGCGGCUGAUUGCCGUACGAAAUUACGACCUGAGGUAUAGUUGAGCGCGCCCCUGAAGUGGCGCUGCGCCUCAGAUGGCGCUGAGAGCUGGCGUUGCAAGGAUAGCACGCAGUCUCGCUCUAACUAUAGGGCUAGCAAGCGUACGCAGCCCUCCCUGAUCCCUGACCUCCCGGGGCAGGACCUCAAAGAAGCCUGACCACCGGUCAGCAAUCUGUUUUCCUGACCAAACUGGGUCAGGAAGCUGCCGGCUAAAAGCCGGUGUCUGUGAGACCUCCAUGCAUCUGUACCCGCCACAGUCGAUUACGCGCCGUCUCAUGAGGAAGCUGAGUCUGCAGGGAUCGUCCUGGGGCCGGUCUGCCAUGCCGUAGCAGCAAGGCAGCAACCGCUGGCCGUAGCUCACGCUCGUUGUGGGCUGCGGGCCAUGCAAUAUGCCGCCAAGCUUCGCCGCGGCGAUUAGCUCUGUUCGCGAAUGCAGGUGCGCGGGGCUUACUGGGUGGCCGUAGGGUAGAUGUGUUGCGGCUGUCGCUGAGGCGGCACCAUCACUUGGUAGCAGCCGCGUGCGUGGGGGCCAGCAGGCAGUCGCAGCGCAGCGGCCUGGCAGCCGUCCCACGAGUUCAGUUUCAGUCCACUGGUAAGUCGAGACACGCGCUGUGUUUGGCUAACCGUUGCUGCCAGUGCUUGUCAACGUCAUGGUGCUUUGCAGCAGAUUGAUCACCCAUGGACCAAGCGUCUUGGAGCUGCAAGGCCUGAUUGACGAAGAUUGGGAGCUUGCACCGUUUCGGCAAUCCGUUUGACGAUUGAUUGCAUAAUCGAAGUGGCGUUUUGGCUAUCGGCGUGUUGCUCUGUUGAACUCAUGGCCACGGCUGUCGAUCAUCUUUUGCCAACCCUGCCCGUGUGUGCCGUACUGAGGCCAGGCUUUGCCAGUAGUUUAGAUGGAUUUAGCCAUCAGACGGGGCCAUCGCAUGUGCGGACAUUCAUUGGACUCAAGGAAAAGUAGGCUGCGCCCACGCCAUACGCACGCACGCACUGAACUGCUGUCACUUGGGGGGCUCAGCCCUAAGCCUGGGAGACGCGGUUGAAUUGGAUGUCGCACCCGUGGAGGGCACUGUAACGACAAUGAGGU